GUAAAUCGAUCGGCAAAAUUUAUCAAGAAGCACAAUUCGAUUGGCGAGUCACUUGGGACGCGCCCGAAAGUAUAUAUCGAUAAAAGCGAUAACGGAAUCGAUGAGAUCGUGACAUUUAAUCGCACGGGGGCGGCGAGCGGCCACCCCGGGAGAGUGCUGAUACUGCAAGGGGUGCGAAGGGAGGCAGGGUAGGAGAACGCCGCGCCGUGGGAGGGAGGAAGGAAGAAAGGGAGGGGAAGAAAGAGAGAGAGAGGGAGAGAGAGAGUUUCGCGCACGUCAGGAGUGCGGGAGGCGAGAGAAGGAGAAAGAGAGAAACACGUAUACGUGAUACACACACGCACGCACGAGACCGAGACGGGACGACGGCGAGGCCAGGACGUCGCGACGGCGACAGUGAGGGGGACGGCCGAGUCGCAGCCGCGGGGCGCAAAUACGUGUGUGCGCGGCACCGGGGUGCCCGGUUGAACCCGGUGGGACAACACGCGCGCGAUCGCCAACACGAGAGAUCGGCCGCCGUGACGACGCUGGAAACGAAGACUACGAGGACGACGACGACGACGACGACGACGACGACGACGAGGAAGACGGUGACGGCGAACGGCUUUUCGAAUCGAUAAUUCGAGCGCGAUCGUGGGCAGCGUGGCGGACAAGGGACUCCCCCGAACGAGGAAGACUUCAGACGAGCGAAGACGCGGGGCCCACCCUCUCUCUUUCUUUCUCUCUCGCGCCUUUUUCUCCACCGCCACGGUGGCUCUCCUCCUUUCCACUUGGAUACGUGAUACGGAGUGAUAAGAGGAGCUCGCGCGCACGGCAGGAGCGGACGCGCCGUCUCUGCCCUCGUCGUUGUUGUAUUAUCGGCGCCGCGCUACCUGUAUCUGGCAACGGCGGUGUUACACCGUCGGCGGUACACCCUUGGGUCUUCCGGCUCUGCGGAGAGCGGCACGGACGGCGACGAUGCACGGCGACAAAGGGUUGCAGACAAUGAGAUGCAGGCCGCGUAACCUGCAGGCACGUCGUAGGAGAUGGCCUCUGCGACUGGGCCUUUUCCUGGUCUACGUUCUCGUGCAAUACGUCUCCUCCUCGAAUGUUCCUACCACGACGCCGACGACGACAACGACGCUGUUUUCGAGCUCCGCGCAGUGGACGUCGGACCUGUCGGUAUCCUCGACCGGUGUGACCGAGAAGGAGUCGAUUCCGGAAACAACGACGGAAAAGAAGCCGACGUCGCCGAGGACACACGGACACACGAAAAACCAGAACGACUUGCGAGAUCUGGCCGCAAAGUCCAAGGAGAAAAAUGAAACCAAGACGCCACCGCCGAGGCAAAGCAGCACGACCACGGCCACCCCGGUCACGCGGAUAACCACGGUCGAAUCACUGUUCGCGACGUUCAGACCGCGAAGGCCCAAUUGUUCCCCGCCAGCCAUAGAGCAGUUUCCGCAGCCGUUGAUGGGCCCCGAGGCCAGGAAACACGGGGGACUCAUAAUACACAUUCUAGCCGCUGUUUACACGUUCCUGGGCCUUGCGAUCGUCUGCGACGAUUAUUUCGUCUCGAGCCUGGACAGGAUUUGCGAAGAAUUGAGACUGUCUCCCGAUGUCGCCGGUGCCACUUUCAUGGCAGCCGGCUCUUCCGCGCCCGAACUGGCGACGGUCAUCAUCGGCGUGUUCUUUGCCAAGGACGACAUCGGAGUCAGCGGUGUUAUCGGCAGCGCCGUUUUCAAUAUAAUGUUCGUUAUAUCGAUUUGCGGGCUAUGCUCCGCAACGGCCUCCAAGUUGAACUGGUGGCCUCUCUGUCGAGAUUGUUUUUUUUACGCCAUCUCGAUCCUCGUGAUGCUUGGUGCGAUUUACAAUGAAUCGAUAUCUUGGAUGGAAUCUCUCUUCAUGUUGAUCAUGUACGGGGUCUAUUGCGUGGCGCUCUCGUUCAAUGUUAAAUUGGAACGUUGGGCGAAAUCGUACAACAUUCCGUUUCUGCCAAAAGACGACGAACCCGCCGAGGCGAGCGCCCUAGUGAGCUACAGGUCCUUACAGGAGGAUCGAGUGUCCUAUACCGGUCCCAAUUCACCGGUCACCGAUCAAAUAAAGAAUCAGGAAGGCAAUGGCAUUCAAGAGACGAUCGAGCAACACCAGCAACAACAGCAGCAACAGCAGCCAUCGGCACCGAGACAGCCCGAGUAUUAUAAAGCGAAGGAGCCCGAUCCCAACGAAGUGUCGCCCCUCGUGAUGCCGACGGACGGUAGCAAGUGGACCUUGUUUACCUGGGGCCUCGUGUAUCCCAUACAUUUUAUGUGUCGGGCGACAAUGCCGGAUUGCCGGCAAGAAAAAUGGCGGAGCUGGUAUCCCUUUACGUUUUGCAUAUCGAUGAUCUGGAUCAGUUUCUACAGUUACAUAAUGGUGUGGAUGAUCACGAUCAUAGGCAGUACACUGGGCAUUCCUGACACUGUGAUGGGAUUAACUUUUGUUGCCGCUGGUGUGAGCGUGCCGGACGCUCUUUCCUCGCUGGCGGUUAUUAAGGAGGGUCUCGGCGACAUGGCGGUCAGCAACGCCGUAGGCAGCAAUGUCUUCGACAUUCUUGUAUGCCUCGGUCUUCCGUGGUUCAUCCAAACCGCUAUGAUACAGCCCGGUUCGCACGUAAACGUCACUAGCAGAGGUUUGACGUAUUCUACUGUUUCUCUACUAUCAACGGUGGUAUUCCUAGUAAUGGCGACACACUUGAACGGCUGGAAACUGGACCGGCGAUAUGGCAUGGUCCUGAUGAUUUGGUACUUAAUAUUCAUCGUGUUCGCGUCGCUCUACGAGCUCAACGUCUUCGGAGAGAUGAAUCCACCAGCAUGCCCCAGUAUGUUCUAAUGCAAAGACGCCUCGUUCGUUUUCGACCUUUGCUUUGCUCAAACGCGGAACGAUCGUCCGGAGCAAGAGUCGUCGUCCCGGCCGAUUGGCCCGCGAACGAUAACUCACGCACGGUCGUAAAUCGUCGUAAAAACGCUCAGCGACCUCGUUCGAACGUCCCUUUUCCCCUUUUCUUCUUCCUACUCAAUAACGAAGACAGCGAAAGACAGAAGGAAGCUUAGAAGGUAGCUGCAUGUCGGAAAAAAGUACGAUUUUUAGCUUGUUGUGAAAUUGUUGAAGCGACCGUACGAGAUUUUAGAUAAGAGUAAAGAGCUUGUCAUUGAGCUUUCUUUCUUUCUAGGCUGUUGUAGAGAAUCUCUAGACAAUAUGUACUCGCGCGUGAGUACACAGGCAUUGUAUCCUAUUGGUGCUACCGAAAGUGACAAAAGAGUAUUUUGCUUGCUUCCGUUCGACCAACGAGUUCCGAACGAUUUUUCACGCUCGAGUGAAAGUAUGGGAAAGUUUAUGAAUUUUUCCAAACAGCUAAGUUUUCAGACAGACAAUACGUGUGGCUACUAGUAUUAAAUUAUAAUUAUUAUACUAUUUGAUGACGUAUUAGCGGUAUCGACAUUUAUUUGCUAAACUCGGGAAUCGGCAGUCAAAUCGAUCGUCGUAAAAAAUUCCAAACUUCUCCAAUCUUAACUCUUAGCCACAGACCUCGUUGUACGUCGCGCGUUGUUUGAAUCGAUAUAGAAAAGAUGUGAUACGUUUUAUAUCAGCCAUAUCGCGCAAAUGCCUGAGUACCAUGGGAAGGAAAAUGCGUCUUGACAAUUAAUCAUUUUAUAUGUUAGAUUAAAAGAAUUAGAUUAAAAGGAUCCAGUAGAUUACGGCUUGUUAGAAUAGAUUUUAGGAGCGUUAUAUCUGCGGCUAAAUGUUAAGACUGUUCACUGUUCACGGUGCUGUGCGAAUCGCCGAGAGUCCAUGUCAUGACGGAACCGUUAAGAACAUGAAAUUCGAUAAGAGAAUGGGCAAGAGAAAUUCUCUCUGAGAUGUUGCAAUGUUAAGCGUGAUCCUUUAUUGUCCGACGUGAUUACACGAGAUUUCGGAAUAUAAUACGUAUUUGUAUAUUUUUUAAAUAUAUUUUCUAACGCGAUGUACGGAGCGCGACGUACUGUGUGAAAUGUGAGAUAAGAGAAAAUGUUUUCGCGCGUUUUUCAUGACGAGAGCUGGUACAAGUGAUUAUGGUUUAAUUUUAGUUUUUUUGAAAUGAAACUUUGCCGCCAUUCAAGUGCCGGCAUUGAAAUGAAACUUUGCCGCCAUUCAAGUGACCGGAAGAAACGAAACUUCGCGAGAUCAAAGGAAAUCCCUCGUUAGCGUGAGUGUAAAAUGUAAAAUUACUUUUUUUUUUAAAACAGCAAAAAAGUAGAAAGAAAAGAAAACCUUAUAAGGCGGCACGCAACGAAUCGAGUGAAUUAUUCGCGAGAGAUAUAUAAAUAUUUUGAUGCCGAUAAAGCGCGGAAAAUUCGCGAGAACGGUGGAGCAAGCGAUAGUUCAAUUUCUGUCAAAAAGAGACGGAAGGAAGGAAAGGGGAGGGAGUGGGAGAAUUGGUUCUCCACGAGGGCGAACGAGCGCUGAAAGUGACAAUAAUUAACGCAGCCUUAUCUGAUGAAAGUAUCUACAACCAGCACUAUUUAUACUGCGCGUUCCUUGAGACUUGAGAAAUUUGCAAAAGGGGUCACUUCUAAAUCGGUAGACGGGGCAAGAGGAACCUCCAUCCAUAUACACAUACGGUUUAAUUGACGUACCUCCGCUUCCGGGAUCCUUUGAUCUUUCGAGCGUACCGGAAUCGGUAUUGAUGACGACUGCGGAAUUCUUGUGCGACGAAAUUCUUGCAGGUAUCGCAAAAAACGAGCUGCUUCAAAAUUAAGAGAAAAAAAAGUUCAACUUACGCGUGCUUUACAUUCUUAAUUUGUCCCGCUUGACCGAAAAGCGAUAAAAAAGAUAGUAAUAUACAAAUUAAAUGAAGUUACGUUAAGUAUAUGGUGGAGAUAUUAAAAAUGAAAAUAUUGCCCGAGAAAAAUCCUGAUAAAAUUUAUUCAAAUAACAAAAUGAAAAAUUUAUUAAUAUGAUAUAAUGUUUCUCAACAAGUUUUCUCUCAUAUAUAAAUUAUUUUUGAAAAUCCUGCGGGUGUUUCGUCAAUACAGCUCGUUGAGCUGCAUCUUUAUUGAAUCAGCUGUUUCCUUAAAAUCGGACGAUCGCGGGUACGCGAUCUAUAAAAAAAUCGCAAGGAUCGCGCAGACGCUUUAGUGUGAUUAUAUAAAUUUAGCGUACAUAUAAUAUAUAUAACGCGAAGAAGCUUAGAUCGUAAUGACUAUUGAUCGUUCAACGUGUUUGUUCACUACGUUUGUCCGUUAUUGUUAGUACGUUAGAGCGAUUUAUGCAUAUGGAUAUUAUAUUAUUAUUAUUAUUAUAUUAUAUAUAUACAUAUAUAUAUAUAUAUAUAUUCGCGUUGCGAUGCGUUCGGUGCCGAUGGCGAAGUGGCCGAGAUGUGCCUCGAGGCCUUAUUCGAUCUACAAUCGAGACGAGACCGGAAGUGCAGCCGGACGCGAGCGUCUCGGCGUCAGAUGCAUCGCCGCUCACGGCUUCCAGAUUUAGGAAGCGCCGACCGACAGUAAAAAAAGAAGGCGCCUUAGAUCUUUCAUUAAAAAGCGGACCAGUCUCGCCGUCGAUUUCGCGGGCUCCGUACCGCGGCGUCGGUCGCAUAAUUCGAGGAGAUAUACAUCGAACCUGGUGAGCGAGCUUCGUUCGUGCGCACGGAGAAACGAGGGGAAUCGUCAGGGGCGCGCCAUGAUCGCCCUCAGACUUUACAAAACUAGGCUAAUUACGAGAAUUACACUCCCUGUUUAAAAAACUGAUAAAAGAAAUGAUGGAGGCAGGAUUUAAACUUUAUUGAAAUUUUAUUAUAAGAUUAUCGUUUUAAUCGGAUUCACAUCUGAGCUGCUACACAGUUAUUUUUAUUGUUUCUCUUAACAUCUUUUAUUUAAACAAUUAAAUAUUAAUUGAAUAUGUAUAUGUAUAUUUUUUUAUACACUUGUCAAGUUGUUCAAUCUAAUCUGAAAAUAAUUUACUUUAGAAAAUGACAGAUAAUUUAUACAUAUGUAAGGAAUAUUAAAACUAUUUAUAUAUAAAAACAUCAAAUCUAAGAUUAAAAUAUUACAUCAAGUAUAAACUGAAAACGUGAUAGGAUAAUGUCAAUUUCAAGAAAACUUUGUUAGACAUGGAUUAAAGAUGAUCAUUAAAUUAUAUGGUAGAUAACAAAAAAGAUAACAAAUCUGAAAUUUGAAUCAAAUAUGAUAGGAAUAUACAGAUUUUUGUAUCUAACUAUUUUAAGCAGGUAACGCGGUAGAGAUUCAAUCUAGUCUGAGGAAGCAAAAACCUGGCGACAUAACCGCCCCUGACGAGGAGAGCCGCGCGAGGAUCCCCGCGAGGGUAUCCGCAUCUCGAGCAUCAACGAAUGGAACGUUAGGGACUUGUAGAGUUUCUUAAAGGGGUCUAAUUUCCGGCGACUUUUUUUCUACCGCGCAGCCCGAAACCGUCGGCCGAACGCUCGACGAUCGCUCGGGGAACCGGUGUUGUUUAGAGUCAAUUCACCUGUGGCAAUUAUUAGUAGUAAUUAGAAAAGCGCCGGGCGACUUGGUGAGACCGGGGAGAAGAGGAUACGCGCGCGCGCGCGUCCCCUCCAUCCCUUACUUCUCGGGACGCCGUCCGAACGUCGAUCAAUUCGAGGGUGUCCUUAAUAGCGUGUAAUUGAAGUCAAUAACGUACCUUUUUAGACGUCUCUCUCUUUCUCUUUCUCUCUCUUAUAAUUGUAAUUCCAUGAAUCGCCCGUCCUUUAUGAUGUUCCCACUUACCUCCAGCGGUUUCCAGAGGAUCGCACGGGGAGGCCGACGACGAUAUACAUAUAUAGCCUAUCUUAUCACGCAUACACAGAGUACACUUGUACAAAACGCAGCAGGCAGGAUAAGGGACGACGUUAUACUCUGAUAACGUUAACACUGAUACGUAAAAUAUCAAGGGUAGAAUGUCGAAGAGCCGUCGGACGUAGCGGGGAUCGUGUUGUUGAUCUACCGGGGUAUAAUACGUAGAUUUUAUAUCACGACAUUAUGUACUUAGAUAAUAUACAUAUAUAUUACCGAUAUAUACCUAUAUACAUAUUACCUGAUUAAUUAAGUUUAUACAGCAGUGUAUUAUCCCAGUCUUCGUCGCGUAUACACAUUCGAAUACGUUCGUACCUGUUAAAUCGCGAAGGAAGGACUCCCUCUCCUCGCCUUGUCUCAUCACACGAUAAAUUUUUUGAUUAAUUUCCUCUUUCCGGGAUCUCCCCAAUGCCUCGCUUCGCAUAUUUCGAUCUCGCUCUCUUCUUUUUUGCAGUCAGAGACGCAAUAGCAGACGUAACCGGUCAAUUGCAGCUUCGAAAGUACAUAAUUAUAGCGAGAUAUACUUAUAUAAGCACAUAAAACAUACUUAAAGAGAAAAGAACUGUAUGCAACAUGAAGAAAGUAGACAUACAACGAAUACAACGACGUCUGCUGCCGUUGUGAUAGUCAAUCGCCUAUUUUUUGCGACUGUACCGCUUUCAGCCCUCCCUGUCGUACAAAUCUCCUUGAUUUUUCCUUUUCGCGCCUUGUUCACGUGCUGUCGUACAAAAAAGU